AUGGACUCCUCGCGCAAGCGUCAGCGCAGUUUUGACGAGGGCAGUGAAUUCGGAGCUUUGGCAUCUCUCUCACGGCCCAUUAGUCCUCCUCGAAAAAGGUUUCGUCAGGUUGUACAAAAGUCGCCAUGGCAGCUCAUCAGAAUUCGAGAUGUCCCGGAAGAAUCGAAUAAGGAUACCGUGACUCUGGAGGAUAUCCUGGGUGACCCCUCCAUCACCGAGUGCUGGCAGUUCAACUUUCUUCACGACAUCCCCUUCGUGAUGGAUGCUUUUGAUCAGCGCAUCAGAGACUCGGUUCAAUUACACGUGGUCCACGGAUUCUGGAAGAGAAAUGAUUUGAAUCGUGUUGUUCUUUCGGAGCACGCAUUGCAACACCCCAACGUGCAUCUGCAUUGCGCGCCCAUGCCUGAAAUGUUUGGGACGCAUCACUCCAAGAUGAUGAUACUAUUUCGCUCUGACAACACCGCACAAAUCGUCAUCCACACAGCAAACAUGAUUCCAAAAGACUGGACCAACAUGACCAACGCUGUCUGGAGAUCUCCAAAGCUCCCAUGGAUGCCGGAGCUGGAUACCGGGCUCCAGCAAGCAGAGCAAUUUUCCAUCGGCAGUGGGGCGAAGUUCAAGGCGGAUCUAUUGACCUACUUAAUGCAAUAUGACUCCCAUAGGGUUACUUGCAAACAGCUCGUAGAUCGUCUCCUCAAUUUCGACUUCUCCAGCAUACGGGCAACCCUGAUAGCCAGUGUUCCGGGCAGACACAGCUUGUAUGAUCCAAGUAGCCCGACCUGGGGUUGGACUGCGUUGAAGAAAUGUUUACAAGGCGUGCCUGUUGAGCCCGGAGAGUCCCAAAUCGUGGUUCAAAUAUCUUCUAUUGCGACUCUUGGUGCCAAGGAUGAUUGGCUGCAAAAGACGUUGUUUGACACGCUAGCCACAACCCGGAGCCAGAAUACGAAGAGGCCAAGCUUCAAGGUCGUCUUCCCCACGGCAGACGAGAUCCGGAACUCGUUGGAUGGAUACGCCUCGGGGCAAUCCAUUCACACCAAGAUCAAAUCGGCGCAGCAUAUCAGGCAGCUGCACUAUCUCCAUCCAAUGCUGCGUCACUGGGCCAACGACAGUGCAAAUGGAGCAGGGCCUCUUGAACAGCCGCCUACUAUUAGCGGCGAUAGCGGGCGAAACCGUGCGGCCCCGCACAUCAAGACUUAUACCCGCUUCAACCAGAACAAUUCGAUUGACUGGGCCCUGCUAACAUCGGCAAACAUGUCGAAACAGGCGUGGGGCGAGGCACCCAAUUCCACCGGGGAUGUUCGAAUCGCUUCCUGGGAGGUUGGCGUGUUGGUGUGGCCGGGGCUGCUCAGUGAAAACGGGGUCAUGAGAGACCACUACAUCACCAUGAGUCCCGCGGCCGCUGGUAACUCUGGGCCUUCUGGCCAUGACCACCCAGCCUUUUCGUCUUCGUUCCGUUCCGGAUCUCCUCUAGCGGAGCAAGUUCUGGCUCAAGACAUUGCAGAGUGCACUGAUGACGAUUUCGACCCUGCCGACGACCAGCUUGAUGUUGAGCAUAGCCAUCACUUCAUGUAUCGCCGGCCGAGCGGCGUAGCAUACGGAGCAGCUCGGCCUGCUUUCAACUCAAGCGCCUUGGACGAGCCCAUCUUGACACCACUAGAGCGGAAGCAAUCUCGCGAUGCCGAGCGCAGCCUUCUGCGGGACAACCACGUCCUGCCCCCAAAACAUGCCAACAAGAGCCAAUCGUUGCCUGCUCGAAUGUACCGAAAGAUCUUUAGCACCAAAGUCCCCGUCGAGGAGUAUGAGGAAGAAUCCGAAGAGGAUGCGCCGCUACUCUCCCGGGACAGCGACCACGACUAUGGCACGCGGACACAUCGACAGCUGCCCGUCUCUGCGGGCGACGAGGACGUGGAUGAGCAGUGGGAGGAGGCUAUAACAACGGGACGGAUUCGCACGACAUGGCAGCGCGAGGCCAAGACGGUGCUGUCAUACUGCGGGCCGCUGAUUGUGACCUUUUUUCUCCAAUAUUCGAUCAACGUGGCCGGUAUCUUUGCUGUUGGUCGCAUUGGUACCAUAGAGCUGGGAGCUAUAUCAUUGGCCAACAUGUCGCAAGCCAUCUCCUGCUUGGCCCCUUUCCAAGGUUUGGCUACAAGUCUGGAUACCCUCUGCGCUCAGGCCUAUGGAUCUGGCCACAAGCAUCUCGUUGGCUUGCAGUGUCAGCGCAUGGCAUGCUUCCUGCUGACCCUCUCCGUGCCCGUCAUCUUCCUGUGGCUCUUCGGCGCGGAGCCAAUCUUGCAGCGCAUGGUGCCUGACCCAGAGUCUGCUCGACUUGCCGCUCUCUACCUUCGCGUCAUGAUCUUUGCGAUCCCCGGCGUCAUUCUGUUUGAGUGCGGUAAGCGCUUCACCCAAUCGCAGGGCCUCUUCCAGGCAACCACAUAUGUUCUCCUCUUCGCCGCUCCCUUCAACGUCUUCCUAACCUGGUUGCUCGUCUGGAAGCUCGAGUACGGCUUCGUCGGCGCGCCCAUUGCCGUGGCCAUUACGGAGAACAUACUUCCUGUUCUUCUAUUCUGCUAUGUCCGGUUCGUCAACGGCCGCGAGUGCUGGGGCGGAUUCAGCAAGCGAGCACUCACCAACUGGUGGGUCAUGAUCCGGCUGGCGCUUCCCGGCAUGAUCAUGGUCGAAGCCGAGUGGCUCGCUUUCGAGAUCCUGACGCUAUUGGCCAGCCGCUUCGGAUCCGACUAUCUUGCCGCCCAGAGUGUCGUUUCGACGAUUGCGUCCAUCUCAUACCAGAUUCCCUUCCCCAUGUCGAUUGCCGCGUCUACUCGCGUUGCCAACCUGAUAGGCGCUGGGCUCGUCGACGCGGCCAGAGUUACUGGCAAAGUGACUUUUGUGACGCACUGCAUACUCGGACUCCUCAACUUUGCCAUCUAUAGCAGUCUUCGAUUCCACUUACCGCUGCUCUUCACGGAUGAUGAGGGAGUCAUCUCCAUCGUGGCCAGCAUUCUGCCUGUUGUCGCUGUCAUGCAGGUAUUCGACUGCAUGAGCGCCGGUGCGCAUGGAUUGCUCCGUGGUAUCGGCAAACAGAGCAUAGGCGGACCAGUCAACCUCAUCUCAUACUACGUCGUCUCGCUGCCCAUUUCGCUCUCAUUGGCCUUUGGACUCGGCUGGAAACUGCAGGGUCUAUGGGCCGGCGUCAGCGUGGGCUUAAUACUGGUCUCCUCGAUCGAGUACACUUACCUACUGAAGACGGACUGGCACCAAGCAGCUCGAGAGGCUGCCGCCAGAAAUGCUGCAGGCUAG